GAGGGCAGGGGAGGCCGGCCUGAGCCACCGCCUGCGUGACGUGGCGUCCACUCGCCCAGGGUGCCCACUACGUCUGCAUCCGCCCGCUUCUCAGCCUUCUGCAGCGGAGGACGCGGGAUCCCCCGACGCCGCUGUCACCCAGGAGACCCGGAGCUGUGGCAUAUGACUUCUAAAGGGUAGAAGCCCCUUCUAAAAACACAGCGGAAAAUGAACAAGUUCAAGGGACCCGUGACAUUAAGGGACGUUACCAUUGAAUUCAGCAAGGCAGAAUGGAAGCUACUGACCCCUGCUCAGAAGUCUCUGUACAAAGAUGUAAUGUUGGAGAACUACCGUCACCUGGUCUCCGUGGGUUAUCGUGUGGUUAAGCCAAGUGUGAUCUCCAAGUUGAAGAAAGGAAAAGAGCAGGAGCCGUGGAUAUUAGAAUUUCUACAUCGCAACCGUGACAAGCAGCGGAAUGUUCGUGACCCCAAAGCCAAACCCCAGGAACCCCAGGCUGGAACCUCAAGGAAAGGAGAACUCACAAAACGCCGGAAAACCCCCGCCCAGCACGAAAGCUACGACUGUAGCGAGUGUGGAAAGUCCUUCUGCAAGAAGUCGGCCCUCACGGCGCACCAGGAGACACACACCAAGAAGUCCUAUGAGUGCGAGAAAUGCGGGCAGUCUUUCUAUAAGAGCGAGGACCUCACGGUCCACCAGAAAGUCCACACCAGAAAGAAGACCUACCCGUGUAAAGAGUGCAACAAAAUCUUCUACCACCUGUCCUCUCUCACUAGACAUUUGAGAAUCCACGCAGGGGAGAAACCCUAUGAAUGUAGCCAGUGUGAUAAGUCUUUCUACCAGAAGCCACACCUCACGGAGCAUCAGAAAACACACACGGGGGAGAAGCCCUUUGAGUGUAAGGAGUGCGGGAAGUUCUUCUACGUGAAGGCCUAUCUCCUGGUGCACCAGAAGACACACACGGGGGAGAAGCCUUUCCAGUGCAAGGAGUGCAAAAAGUUCUUUUCUCAAAAGUCACACCUCACAGUCCACCAGAGAACGCACACGGGGGAGAAGCCCUACAAGUGCAAGGAGUGCGGGAAGCUCUUCUCUAGGAACUCACACCUCAAAACGCACCAGAGAACUCACACGGGGGAGAAGCCUUACAAAUGCAAGGAGUGUGGCAACCGCUUCUACCAGAAGUCAGCCCUCACCGUGCACCAGCGAACGCACACGGGGGAGAAGCCCUUCGAGUGCAGCAAGUGCGGGAAGACCUUCUACUACAAGUCCGACCUCACCAAGCACGAGAGGAAGCACACCGGGGAGAAGCCCUACGCGUGCGCCGAGUGUGGCAAGUGCUUCUCCGUCAACUCAGUGCUCCGAUUACACGAGAGGACGCACACGGGGGAGAAGCCCUACGAGUGCGAGGUGUGUGGGAAGUCCUUCUCUCAGAAGUCGCACUUCGUCAUCCACGAGCGGAAGCACACGGGGGAGAAGCCCUACAAGUGCCAGGAGUGCGGGGAAACCUACAUCCAGAAGUCACAGCUCACGGCGCAUCAGAAGACACACGCCAAGAAAGGGAAAGCCAGCAAGUAGGGCGGGUCCAGGAACGCGUGUUUUCUGCUCUGGUCCACACAGGAGGAAAACCUUCCAAGUAGUGAGGAAAAACUGUCAGCCAUGUUUUUCUGGGUUUUGUUUUUUUGUUUGUUUUUGCUUUUUCUGUAUAGAAACAUCAGCAAAUGCACAGAAAGAAAUUUUGCGAUGUCAUUAGGGAGAACUUUAUAGUAUGGUUGACUUUCAUAAGUGUCAGGUGGCAGAAACUGUGAACACUGUAAAACAUGAAGGAAACCGUUUCUUUCAGAAGUUACCGUGUAGAUGCCAUAUAGAAAUAACUCCGGGCAGAACUCCAGUAAUUAAGCGAAUUUCCAGAAGCUUCCAUCAUAGCGCGGCACAUAGCACACCACCCAUUCAGUCCACCGUGAGGAAUUCUCAUGCGUGUCUCUUCACAGUUGGACUCAUCUUAAAAAUAUGAGAGAAAUAGCACAUAGAUGCAGCAGGCACAGAAGCCUUGUCAAGAACGCACCCAUCACUGAAUGUUACUCAUAUUAAUACUUUAAUCAUACCUACAUAGGUAUUUGAAAUAUCUUCACACUAUUAAUCAUGUUGCCAGGGUCCAAGGUUGUUUUUUUACUUCCUAGAGAAACAAACCAACCAACCCAAACCAGAAACCAAUAAAUAUCCCAUAUAUCAAAGCUAUUGAAAGAGCAACAAUAAGAAAAGAAACAUCAUUAAACAAAGAAGUCUUUUAAUAGGCAGGAUGUAGGUGUGCGUGUUUGUGUGUAUCUACAAAACACAUUUCUAAAUGUGUGGUUUGCACCUGGAACCCACUGUGGUUGUUCCUGAGCGCAGCAGCUGUAAUUGACAGUGAUUCUCACUGGCAGGAUUGUUACUGUAGCUGUGUUGGUGUAUACUUUAAAUGCAUAAACCGUCUUUUCACCUCUCUCCUUGUGCUUACAAAUGGGGUCAGCCACUGUUCCUAAAUGGACCCCUCAAAAGAAACAAUGUUUUUGUAAUUUUUUCGGCUGUACUGUGAGCGGCUGGACUCUGGGUCGGGGAUGCCUUUGAGCAGCCGCUGCCCCUGCGGCAGCAGUAUUCACUUUUCUUGUUGCAGAUGUGCAGCAGUGGUGUCUGUGUUUGUGUUGCGUAUGAAAAACACCUCAUGGUUUUUCCUUCCUGUUCUUGGUAGCAGAGGCAACGUGGCCACUGGCUGAAAGUGAGACUUUUGGCCCCCCACUUCCUUGACCCAGAUCCCAGCAUGCCAUGGGACUCCACUGUGCCUAAGCUUCUUUCUCCGUGACAGUAAUGAUAGAAACAUCCUAAAAUUACCUUGAGGUUGAAAUAUGUUCCUAUUUUAAAACUCUUAGAACAGUGUGUGUGAAACAUAAGAACUCAGCGUUAGGUAUUACUUCCGUUAAUUUUCAUUCCCUGACUCACACAGUGAAAAGGUUGGGAACAGUAUUUAUCUCCCACCUUGUUGCUGUUAGUGCCUUGACUUUAUUUGGCUGUGUAUCUCCCCGUGGUGGCUCGGGAGCAGAUCCUGAGUAGGCAAGGCCUGGGGUUGGUGCCCUGUAGUCCGUCGGCCAGAUCCAUAGCCCAUUUUUUUAUAGCCUGUAAGCUGAGAUUAGUUUUAUAUUACUUAAUUAUUGCAAAAGUUAAGUAUUUUGUGAGACAUGAAGGUUGUAGGAAACAAAACUUCAGUGUCUACAAACGGAGCAGUUUGAGAACACUAAUACAAACCCGUUCAUUUGCGUUCUGCCGGUGGCUGCCUUGGCGCUGCGCUGGCAGAGGGAAGAGCAGACCACGCGGCCAGUAGAGCCUAAGACUGUGAUGACUCAGCACUUUACCACAUGGGUUUCUGUUACUCCGAGCUGCCCACACUGCAGCCAGUCCUGAGCCCACUCUUACAGAUGUUCUGUUUGCCAAACAUGGUACAGCAGUGUGUGUGGGGGGGUGACUUCUGUGAAGUAUGUUUGUUUUGUGCAUUGUAUUUCUAUGUGGAAAGAGCCUAGGCUUAGAAGUGUUUUUCCCAAAGAAAUGUGUUGUUGCUGUUUUUUUUUUUUUUUUUUUUACUUAAUGGUUACAACGUCAAAACAAAUCUCCUGAUGAAAUGUAACGCGUAUGUGAAAGAAACAUUGCCUCAAUUAAAUGGAAUUGAAUUUUCAA